UUCUCUUAAAACCUGUUUUGUGAGUGUUCCUGGGAAACUAGAGGAGUUUAAUGUGCCUCUAUUCCAAUCUUUUCUUCAACUCUCUGUCUAUCACCUUACUCCUUGGCUCCCCCAACCUGGCUUCUGGAUCCUCUAGACUGAGGAUAGUUGGUGGAGAAUUGGGAACCAUGUUGCUACUUUACCUCUCUGCAUUGGUCCUCUUUAUACACACCCUGGAUACCCAUGCUGUAGGAAGGACAUCUUUCUCCAAGAGAGCAACCCCAGAUGCCUGUGCCCUCGUUAUGUGUGGUCCUGUAGAAAAUGGAUUGCCUGGAAGAGACGGGAGAGAUGGGAGAGAAGGUCCCAGAGGAGAAAAGGGAGAUCCAGGAUUGCCAGGACCUAGAGGCCCAUCAGGAUUAAUUGGAGAAACUGGUCCCAUUGGACCCAAAGGGGAAAAUGGAACUGUGGGGGAUCCAGGCCCAAAGGGAGAUACUGGAGGAAAAGGACUCCCUGGGGCUCCAGGUGUGCCUGGUCCUCCAGGAAAAAUUGGUCCCCCUGGACAACAGGGGAACGUGGGACCCCAAGGUGAACAGGGACCCAAGGGAGAAUCCGGAGCCAAAGGAGCAGCAGGAAAAGAAGGGGCACAAGGUCCCAUGGGCCCAAUAGGCCCAGCAGGCCCUAAGGGAGAGAAAGGAGUACCAGGUGAAAGAGGACUUCCUGGAAAUGUUGGAGCAGCUGGGCCAGUUGGAGUUUCUGGUCUUCCAGGCCCUUCAGGACCAAAAGGCUCAUCUGGGCCAAAAGGUGAUAGAGGAUUACCUGGGGAGAAGGGAGCCAAAGGAGAAAGUGGUCUCACAGAAAUCAAUGCUUUGAAGCAGCAAGUACUGGCCUUACAGGAACAGAUGAAAAUUCUCCAAACAAGUUUCUCCAAGUACCAGAAAGCUGAAUUAUUCCCAAGUGGCCGAGCAGUUGGGGUGAACAUAUUCAAGACCAGUGGCUUUGAGGGCAACUUUAAGAAAGCAUUGCAAUCGUGUCGUCAAGCUGGUGGGGAAGUAGCCUCCCCCAGGAAUGCAGCAGAGAAUGAAGCUAUUCAGGAGAUUGUCACAAUAUAUAAUAAGGCAGCUUUCCUUGGUAUGACUGACUCACAAACAGAAGGCAAGUUCAUCUAUCCAACAGGAGAACCACUGGGCUAUUCCAACUGGGCCCCAGGAGAGCCUAACAAUGAUCAGGAUAAAGAGGACUGCAUUGAAACAUAUACCAAUGGCAAGUGGAAUGACAAAAGUUGUGAGGAGUCACGUCUUAUCAUUUGUCAAUUUUGAACCAAUCAUAGAAAAAAAGCUCUACUUUAUCUGGUAUGAGGUAAAAAAGGGUUAUGGGUGAUAUUGGCUGCUACAGGAUCAAGAUGGAGAGGAGGACUGCCGGGGAACACUAGAGGAUCAUCAGGUAGAGGGCCACUGUAUUGCUCAUGACUAAUAAACAAAAAUAUCAACACUUUGUGCUAGCACUGGCUUUUUAAAUUAUGAUUCCAGGAAAUUCCACUAUGUUCUAAAAUGGGAAAGGGAACAUGGUGUGGACUCUACCAUACUUGAAAUUCAAAAUCUACCUUCCUAAAAGCCUGAGAGCUGAACCCUAAAUCUUCAAGCUUAACAAACAUUCACUAAAUACCAUGUGAAGAUGAAUGUACCCGAUGUGUAAAAAUCACAUGAUUCUGCAUGUCUUCAACUUAUACUGUCACUUUUGAGAUAUGUGUUAUCUCCAAAUCAGAAUGUAACCCACUUGAGGAUAGCAUCUUUCUUUUCUAUUUUCUAUCUCUAACACUUCACACACUGUUUGAUAUACAGAAAACAUUUAAUAAAUAUUUAUCCAUAAAUUCAUU